AUGGGAAAACUCCUUUCAAAGAUCUUCGGCAAGAAGGAGAUGAGGAUAUUAAUGCUCGGACUUGACGCAGCCGGCAAAACAACUAUCUUGUACAAAUUGAAGCUUGGUCAGUCCGUGACGACAAUCCCCACGGUAGGCUUCAAUGUGGAAACAGUGACAUAUAAGAAUGUAAAGUUCAAUGUUUGGGACGUUGGAGGUCAGGAUAAAAUUCGUCCUUUAUGGCGGCAUUACUACACUGGCACUCAAGCACUGAUCUUCGUUUUGGAUGCUGCAGACAGAGAUAGAAUUGAUGAGGCGCGAGUUGAGCUUCACCGUAUAAUAAACGACCGAGAAAUGAAAGAUGCGAUUAUUCUGGUCUUUGCCAACAAGCAGGAUUUGCCUGACGCAAUGAAACCACAUGAAAUCCAAGAUAAAUUGGGUUUGACACGAAUCCGCGAUAGGAACUGGUAUGUACAACCAACCUGUGCUGCAGCUGGAGACGGAUUACAUGAAGGACUUUCCUGGCUUAGCAGUAACUGCAAACACUAG